AUGGGUUGUAUGCGUAAGUCGGAUGCCUCUGUUAGGGUCGCCGUAAAUUUUCUUUUUUUUGCGGCAUUUUCAUUAUUGGGUAUGGUGUGCAAGUUGGGUGUGCGUGGGGCGUGGUGCAUUCCACGUGGUUUUAGUGUUACGAUUAUUUCUCCUGUUUGCACAGCUAUGGGUGAGCCGGAGGAUGUCGAUGCAAUGCUUGAGGAGGCGCUUGACAAAAUUGAAGAUUCUGAUCGAAACUACGGUCAUGGGCAUGCGGAACCAAUGGCGGCAUUGAUACGGGGUGAACCACCAAGGAAAGAGGAGUCCAGCGAAGAAGGUGAUGAGGAAACACCUAGUGCUGCAAAUGGUACGGACAAAAUGGAUAGUGAGGAUGGAACAACUUUGUCGCCAAGUAAGAAGAAGAAAGAGAGCAGUGAAUAUAAGAAGAGGUCUCCUUCAAGGUCUAGAUCUUCUUCUCGUAGCCGUUCUCGCAGCCGUGACAGAGAUAAAGAAAAAAAGAAGCGACGCAGAAGUUCAAGCCGUGAUAAUAAGAAGAAGUCCCGUUCACGUUCAAGAUCGCGCAGACACAGCCGUAAGCGCAGUCAUUCUCGUCGUCGAUCACGCUCGAGAGAUCGUCAUCGUCGCUCAAGAUCGCGUCGACAUUCAAGAUCACGAUCACGUGACCGCAGACGACGAUCGCGAUCCAGAGAGCGUAGGCGAAGAAGUCCAUCCUGGUCACGACCUCGUGUGCUUGACCAUCGUGAUCGUCGUGGAUUCUCUCCACCAUGGAGACGUUCACCACCCCGUGGACCUCGUCUGCCAGGACCAGAAAGACGUGAUGUGAUGCCGUUUACUGCACGUCGUUCGCCACCUCCAAAUGCAAAAAUGGAUAUGACAUCUGAAGAGCGUGAUCAGCGUACAGUAUUUAUACUACAGAUAGCAAAGGAAACUCGACCACGUGAUCUGGAGGAAUUUUUUUCUAGUGUUGGACAUGUGCGCGAUGUGCGAAUCAUUACAGAUUCAAAAACUCGACGAUCAAAAGGAAUUUGUUAUGUGGAAUUUUGGGAAAUUGAAAGUGUUAAUUUGGCUCUUGCACUAAAUGGGCAAAAAUUACUUGGCGCUCCUCUAGUAAUUCAGCCAACGUUGGCUGAAAGGAACCGUGCGGCUAACAACACCGUUGGUGGAACACUUGGCUUUGGUCCUACAAACACCACGGGUCCAUUGAAGCUUUAUGUUGGCCAGUUGCAUACAAGUAUAACAGAGGAUAUGUUAGGGAGGAUUUUCGAUCCAUUUGGAAAGAUUGAGAACCUGGAAAUUGCAACCGAUCUCAGUGGCGUUUCUAAAGGAUAUGCAUAUGUAACGUUCCGACAUGCUGAUGAUGGUAAAAGAGCUAUGGAACAAAUGAAUGGUUUUGAAUUAGCAGGUCGUCCAAUGAAGGUUUGCUCUGUUGAAGGAGAUGAACUGCCACCACCAAUCCCUCAGCGGACACUUGAUACUGAUGAUGCGGACAGACGUGGUAUUGAUUUAGGGACAAGCGGUCGUUUGCAUUUGAUGGCUAAACUAGCCGAAGGAAGUGGUUUGGAAUUACCAAAAAGUGCUAAAGAAAUAUUAGCGCAAAAUCAGCAGCAGUUGGAGAGUGCCACUGCGACAGGUCCUGUGAUUCCACCGAUUGCUACGCAAUGCUUCAUGCUAUCCAACAUGUUUGAUCCAUCUCAGGAAACGGGUGAAAAUUGGGCUGAUGAAGUACGAGACGACGUUAUAGAAGAGUGCGCAAAGAACGGAGGAGUACUGCACAUAUUCGUAGACAAAGCUUCCCCUAAUGGCAAUGUUUAUGUGAAAUGUCCUUCCGUAGCUGCCGCUUUCAAAUCAGUGAAUGCAUUACAUGGACGAUGGUUUUCAGGCAAAGUAAUCACAGCCAAUUAUGUUCCAGUCGGAAGCUACUCACAGUUAUUCCCAGAUUCAGUUAUUGCACGAGAACCUAUUCUGUCAGCCGUAAAACCAGUUAUGCCAGGUAUCGGUUAUUGA